CCAAUCAUAUUCCUAGUAUAACACAAUUUCCAUGACUUUGACGAAUUCUACAAAGACCUCGAAACCUAUUUGUCUUCUUCUUCAUACGAUCAAGACUACAAACAAAAGUCACUGAUCACUCUUUUCUUGUUUAAAUCAUCAAUUCCCAGUUCCAGAAAUCCACAAAAGAUGAUGAAAGAACUGUUCCAGAAAAGGCUUAGUGCCUUUUACAACAGUUUGAGUUUUCACAAACAAGAUUUUUGGCAAAACUCUGAUGUUGUUGUUAUCCAUUCAAACCAAGAAAAAAACUCAUCAAAUUCUCAGUCAAAUCAAUUCUACUUAUGGCUUAUAGGUGAAGAACUGAAUGAUACAACUACGAUUUUCACUGUCUAUGGGAUAUAUUUUUUCUGUACUCAGAAGAAUUUUUCCAAGAUUCGUUCUUUGUGUUGUUGUGCAACUUUGAUGCAGAAAAUUCCUGUUUCUGUUCAAUUGAAGGCUAAGAACGAUGAGGGGUUUGCGUUAAUUGAUGCUACGAUACGUAACGAGAGAGUAAUUCACAACAAUAAGAUGUUUUAUGAUGAUGUUGAGGAUCGUUGUUGUCCGUUUGUUGUUGGUUAUAUAGCAGGUGAGUAUCCAAAGUCUAAGCUUUUUUGGAGUUGUAUUAAUGAUUUAGAACCUAAAAAGUAUAAAGCUGCAACUGUGAAUUCUGGUAUUGAUAAGUUGAUUAAUACUGCUGAAAAAACAAACUUUGGUUUUGGAGUUUUUAAUGAGAAAGAGGUGUCUAAAUCAGUUGAAUUUACUCCUCCUAUGCGUAGUUUUAGUCCUAUUGUGAAUGUUGGCAAGGAAAAAAGAAGUUUGAAAACAAAAAGGGAUUUGAGGGAUAAGCAUGAGAGCAAUUUGUGGAGUGAAAAUGAUGAGCAAGUGUUUUUGCAGUUCUUGGAAAAUCGAAAUAAAUCUGCUCCGAAAACGAAGGAAAAUAGGUUUAAAUUUGAACAUGAAGGUUUGAGGGAAAGGAGGAGCAAUUUGGGUUCUAGUAUUGACAAAACUGAGGUCCUUUGGGGUGAGGGAAUUGAAAUCAAAGAGAAAGGCGAAUCGAGUAAAUCGGUUAGCAGUGUGAAUGAAAAUCCUUUACCAACUACCAAAACUGAUGAGAAUGUUUUGUUGUUGAUGAAGAAUCUUAAUCUGUCCGCUGCUUCCUCUAGUGGAAAACAGGACAAGUUGAGGGUACCAAACAUACAUGGUGAUCAGUUGUUUAAGUUUCGAGGAAGUUGGUUGGAUGCUAAAGAAGACAAUUCGAAGGAAGGAAACAAAACUGGUGAUCAGCUGUUUAAGGUUGGGGCAAAUAGAUUUGAUGGUAAAGGCGACAAGGCAAAGGAAGGAGGCCAAAAUGAUGAUCAACUCUUCACAUUUGGAGCAAAUAGAUUGGAUGGUAAAGGUGACAAGGCGAAGGAAGGAGGCAAAAAUGAUGAUCAACUUUUCACGUUUGGAGCAAAUAGAUUGGAUGGUAAUGGCGACAAGUUAAAGGAAGGAAACAAAACUGGUGAUCAGAUGUCUAAGGUUGGGGCAAAUAGAUUGGAUGGUAAAAGCGACAAGUUAAAGGAAGGAGGCAAAAAUUAUGAUCAAAUCUUCAUGUUUGGAGCAAAUAGAUUGGAUGGUAAAGGCGAUAAGGCAAUAGGAGGCAAAAGUGAUGAUCAACUGUUCAAGUUUGGAGCAAAAAGCUUGGAUGGUCAAGAGGACAAGUCAAAGGAAGGUAACAAAAAUGGUGAUCAGCUGUUUAAGUUUGGAGGAAAUUGGCUGGAUGCUAAAGAGGACGACAAGUCAAAGGAAGGAAAUAAAGAUGGUGAUCAGCUGUUUAAGUCGGGAGAAGGUAAGAAAGAUGGUGAAGAAAAUAGGCUACUCGGGAUCCCCGAUCAGCCUAAAUUGAUGGAGGAGGAAGAAGACGUAAAGAAUGUCAAGCUUCUUAAAGAAAGAUUGACAGGCUUCUACUCAAGCUGGAGGGAAUACAAAGAAGAGGAAUGGGGAAAAUCAGAUGUUUUGGUGAUUGGUACUCAAUCAAUGGGACCACUUGAAACCUUGUCUCGUCCUAUAUCCUCUAGCUUCUUAGUGUGGUUGCUUGAUCGUGAGUUUCCGGAAACCACAGCUGUUUUUGGAGACACUGGAAUAGAAUUGCUUUGCACCAAGGAAAGUUUCUCCAGGCUUUAUACAAUUGGAAGUCGUAUAACAAUGGAUGGAAUAUUUACUGUUUCUGUCCAACUGAAAAAAGGAGGGGAACAUUGUGUAGAUUGGUUAAAAAGGACUUUGUGCCAGGUGAAUACUGCGCUGACGUCUGGAGAAAACCGAUGCCCGCUUGUUGUUGGAUGUAUUAAAGGGGAGUCUAUGGAGAUGGAGGCUCUUUCAAAUUCCAAAAUGUUUGAAGUUGCAUAUGUAGACAAUGCUUUAACUAAUCUGCUUGAACAUGGGAAUUUUGAGAAAUCUGAAAGCUUUGCAGCUCUACAGUCAACUUUACGUAAGCAGUUUCAGAUGUUGUCUUUGGGAAAGUGCGGUGGUGCAAAAACUGAAAAUGCAGUGUCAUUUUCUGAGCUAGCCAAGAUUAAGUCAAUGGAUGAUAAAUCUUAUAUAUCACAUGCAUCCGAAGAAGAGAAGUUAUUGCUAGAGAAGAAGGGUGAUACAUCGUCUUUGUUGCUUACUGAUAGUAGUGUGGAUACUAAACGACCAGUUGAAGAAAACAAGGUAUUUGAGGAGGGCAAUAAGGGAAGUUUGACUAGCAAAGUAGAAGAAAACAAGAUGUUCGAAGAGGACAAUGUGGAAACCUCUACCAAAGAGGACGGUGCAGAAGAAAAGUUAGUGGCUGAGGAACAAAAUAUGGUAUGUAACCCUGAAAAGAGUAACUUAUUGCAAGAGAAGAGGUGUGAAGAAAGAAUGGAUUACACUGUCCAGCCAACUGGGAUAAAGGAUGCUGCAUCAGAAAAUUCUUUACCAGAUGAUCUCAUUGGCAGCUCGAGGAAGAACUCUGUUGGUUCUGAUCGCGAAGAUGAUGAUUGGACUAUAAUUGAGAAUGAUUCUGAAGGGAAAGAAACAGAAGUAGCUGAGAAAAUAAGCUGGAAAAGGUGGUUCAUGGUUAAAACAGCAAAAUCAUUUGGUCUGAAAGACAAGGUGUCUGAUGAAGCACCAUCAAAGGAGGAUUAAGGCUGUUUCAUUCAUAGCAGCAAUGUUUUCUCUGUUUGAUUAGCACAAGACUGCUCUUAAUUCUCAGUCAAUAAUUCUCAUUACUUUCCUUAGAACUUCAGAACUUAUCUUAAACUAUCUUGCCUCCCCAUUAGUUAUAUGUACCUUCUUUUGUCUUAUGAUGUCUAUUUUUGCUUGGAACAAAGUUUAAUUAAGGCUGCUUCAUGUGCAUAGAUAGCUGCAAA